GCUGCCCUGAGGUUGAAAUGCAGAAGUCAAGGCUCUCUUGUCGGGAUGUAGAUUUCCUUGUAGUUCUUUUCUUCCUCACGUUACUGUUCCCUCCUCAGCGGAGAUCAGAGAGGCUCGGGGCCAGUGCGGCCAGGAGCGCAGGAGGCCGGGACUCGGUUCCCGGGCAUAGGGAUCCGUUGGGAUUUAGGGCCGGCCUCGAGGUGUCCCGCUCAGAGGAAUGGAACCUGCCUUCGGGGAAGUGAACCAGCUCGGGGGGGUGUUUGUCAACGGGAGACCCCUGCCCAAUGCCAUCCGGCUGCGGAUUGUGGAACUGGCGCAACUGGGUAUCAGGCCGUGUGACAUCAGCCGGCAGCUCCGCGUUUCCCACGGCUGUGUCAGCAAAAUCCUGGCUCGCUACAACGAGACCGGCUCCAUCCUACCGGGGGCUAUCGGCGGCAGCAAGCCUCGGGUCACCACUCCCACGGUGGUAAAACAUAUCCGGACCUACAAACAAAGGGACCCGGGCAUCUUCGCCUGGGAGAUCCGGGAUCGCCUGCUGGCCGAUGGCGUGUGUGACAAGUACAACGUGCCGUCGGUCAGCUCCAUCAGCCGCAUCCUCCGCAACAAAAUCGGAAACCUGUCUCAGCAGAGUCACUACGAGUCUUACAAGCAGCACCAGCCGCCCCCACAGCCUGCUCUGUCCUACAACCACAUCUACCCCUACCCCAGCCCCAUCGCUGCUGCAGGAGCCAAGGUGUCCACCCCUCCCGGGGUGCCCGCGAUCCCCAGCACCAUGGCCAUGCCCAGGACGUGGCCGUCCUCUCACUCGGUGACGGACAUCCUGGGGAUCCGCUCCAUCACAGACCAAGCAGUGAAUGACACUUCGCCUUACCCCAGCCCCAAGGUGGAGGAAUGGAGCAGCUUGGGCCGGAACAGCUUCCACCCGCCGACCCAGCACGCCGUGAACGGGCUGGAGAAGAGCUCCCUUGAGCAGGAGGCCAAGUACAGCCAGGUGAUCUGGAUGGCACCCAAUUCGAACCCCAUUUGUGAGACCUGCCUCUUACUGGCCACCUGCUUCCACGGCCAAAACACAGUGCCCUGUCCACCAACCCACAUGGCUUCAGGGCACUCCACCCGGAUGAAACUAAUAAAGAAAGUCAGAGAGGCACCCAAUGGCCUCCCAGCCGUCAGCAGUUUCGUGUCCGCACCAGCCAUGCCCGCCUACGCCACACCGGCCCAAGUGUCACCUUACAUGACGUACAGCGCCACUCCAUCCAGCUACAUGGCGAGCCACGGCUGGCAGCACGCCGGGGGCACCCCGCUGUCCCCUCACAGCUGCGACAUCCCCGCCUCGCUGGCGUUCAAGGGCAUGCAGACUGCCAGGGAGGGCAGCCACUCUGUCACGGCCUCUGCUCUCUGA